AUGCUGCAUUCCCAGGUGUAUUGCGACACCUCAUACGAAUCAAUACAGGCAUAAGGCCCAUAGCCUUGAAAGGCGGAAAAGGGUGAGAUGUCACGGCAUUUUGAAUUGGAGUUUGGGGCGCCUUAGAGUUUCUUUCAAUGGUCGCAAUCAGUCGGCAGUCUCUGACAGGAAGCUAAUAGCCUAGAAUAACAUCGCGCCUUCCGCAUUGGGACAGCCCGGGGAUGGUGUCCGCCCCGCUUGCGUCGCUGCUGGCGGCGGGCUUCGUCCUUAUUGCCCUAUCCCCGCAGAUCCCCCCUGGUGCCGACCAACUUUGCGGACAGGCGGGGCUUUUCGGGCAGUUCAUGUGCGUGAUGAACACCGGAACGGGCGCCAACCGGACCUACAGCAGCCAGGUGCUCCUGUCCGCGCGCCAGCUGGCGGACAACACGACAGCUGUCGACCGCAUUUUUGGGGCGGAGCCAUUCCUGCGCCCGGAUAUGGUGAUCACUGCUGAGGGGACGAGGGCCACAUUCCUGAGCGCAUCCAAGGGGCUUGCAACCGUGUACCUAGACUUCUUUAUCUGCUCGGAAGAGACCUGCAGUAGCGUUGCGGAUUUGAAGUACUUCCAGGACACGGAGGGGGAGCGCGGGGUUGGGUUUCCGAUUGGGGUGGUUCCGCUGACAAACCUCGCGGUGGGGCUUCCUGUGGGGCAAGGCGCACUCGGCGAUGCGGUGAAUGUAUCGGUGGAUCUGACGAGCGAGCGGUUAUCCCAAGGGAUCACGAGUGCCGUGCGCUCUUAUCAGCUGCAAGGGUCGCUUCCGAUAAAGCAGAGGCCGCUAGUGGCAAUGGCAGGAACAAGGGUCACGCUGGAUAUUCUGGCGGACUUUCUUUUGUCUGAGCCAGGAGUCGGGGUCGCAAACCGGGCCGUGCAAGGGGCGUGCACUUUGCUCAUAUUCCCGGACAGCCCCUGGUACCGCCAGUACAUCCUCCCCAGCUUUCCCCUGUGCGUGACACCAACACAAACCCUCGCCUUAUUGGGCCUGGACGACGGAAACUGGUGUCAAUUGUGCGACGGCUUUUCUAUCAGCGUUGUCAACUACCAAGCGGGCUGUUACCUGUCCAACCGAGGCACAUGUGGCUUCCUGGACUACCCGCUUGUAAACCCCGAGGUGGGGGGCUGGACCCUCAAUAUGUACAAUCUCACCUCUCCUGCCGAUGGCCAGACACUUUACAGCGGGGACCAGGGAACUUACACCCACCCCUGGACUGGUCUGCUAUACAACAUUCGUGCGGAGGGGAGGGCGGCAGCGCCAGCUGGCUGCAACCACACCGGGCGGUAUACGUGUGUUGGGGACGGGUGCUCUACAAAAAAGCCGUUCCUCAUGACGUGUCCCGCUGCAACGCGGACGGGCGGCUUGAGUGGCGGGUUUGGGGCUCUCUUGUCGACCGCAGAGUACUCCUGGGCUUCAAGCACGAGCUCUUCGCUCGGUUCGUUCUUUGGGUACGAGAGGUUGAGUGUCAAUGGUCUCGGGAAAGUGGUCUCUGCUGCGGAGGACUGGGGUUUCGCGAUCGCGAGCAACGUGGUUAAGGACACGGUGAUCUACUAUGACCAGGUUUUGAGCACCACUGGGUUGGUCACGACGUGGUUAACGACGUUAAUCGCGGUUGUGGGCUCCUGGGCUGCUUAUCCCCAGAUCUCAGCCUGGAUCUCGAGAGCGAUCGGAAGCGCGCGGGGCUGGGAGGGCUUUCUGGGGAAAGCUUUGGCGGGGGUCACGACAAUUGUCGCGACCUCAGCCCCGUUAGUAAUCGUUAUCGCCACCCAACACUCUCUUAGUGUCAACAACGGGCGGCGGGUGCAGCACAUGUACUACCAAGCAGCUUAUGAUGCACCCGGGCCAGGACAUUAA